AGAGGAGGAGGGGGUGUUCCUCCAGCUCCGUUCCUCGGUUCCUCUGCGUGUUCCUCACUCGAGCUCACGCCACAAGCCCAACGCGCUCCUGAUCUGAAGCCACGCGGGUGAUUUUCCGCUUGUUCUCUCCAAAAGCGUUGCGCGCGCGGGAGAAGAGAUAAACAUCGAGAGCAUCACAAUUUGGGUUUUCAUGUUAGCAGUGUUAGUAAGAUCAUCUCUCCUGUUCUCCGAGCGCGCGUUCGCACCACCCAUCGCCAUUAGGAGAGACUGAGUUGGGGGUGUGGGGGAGAGCUUCAUUUCCUGCGCGCACCGCGACGUGAACGAGCUUCAUCCGUUACCGGAGUGCUUGGACUUGGAUAUCAACGCAUCAUCAUCAUCGUCGCAACCCUCCUCCUCCUCCUUCUCCUCCUUUUUUUCUGCUCAGCCGCUGCGGAUGUUCUCGAAUUAAAUAAAUUAUUGCCGGUGCUUUCCGCCCCUGGUGUGCGCUCGGUGCGCUCGCACUAGAGGAGCCUCGGUGAAUCGGUGUUACGGGUAUCGCGAUGCUCAGAAGGGUGAUAUUAUCACGGCCCGGGGCGCGCGAAGGCUCAGGAGCGAGCAGCUGAGUGAUAAGGAUGAGGACGCGGCGCUGUGGAGGAGGAAGAUAAGCAGCAGGAACAGCAGCAUCAGCAGCGAUUCACGGGAUGGCGCGGUUCGGAGAGCCCGGUGUGCCCGGUGGGGGCUCGGUGGCCCGGGGCGGGAGCAGGCAGGGAACCCAGCGCGUGUACAAGCAGUCGAUGGCGCAGAGAGCGCGCACCAUGGCGCUGUAUAACCCCAUCCCCGUGCGCCAGAGCUGUCUUACCGUUAACCGCUCUCUCUUCCUGUUCAGCGAGGACAACGUGGUCCGGAAGUACGCCAAGAAGAUCACAGAGUGGCCUCCAUUUGAGUGGAUGAUUUUAGCAACCAUCAUCGCUAACUGCAUUGUUCUAGCACUCGAGCAGCAUUUACCUGAUGAGGACAAAACACCGCUCUCAGAACGACUGGAUGACACUGAGCCGUACUUUAUAGCGAUUUUCUGUUUUGAGUCUGGAAUUAAGAUUCUGGCUCUUGGUUUUGCCUUCCAUAAAGACUCGUACCUGCGCAACGGUUGGAAUGUCAUGGACUUUGUUGUGGUGCUGACUGGGAUUUUAUCUACUGUAGGUUCUGAUUUUGACUUGCGGACGCUGCGAGCAGUCCGAGUGCUGCGACCUCUCAAACUUGUCUCAGGAAUUCCAAGCCUGCAGGUGGUGCUGAAGUCCAUCAUGAAGGCAAUGAUUCCUCUGCUGCAGAUUGGUGUUCUGCUGUUUGUUGCAAUUCUAAUGUUCGCCAUCAUCGGCCUUGAGUUCUACUCUGGAAAAUUCCACAAAGCAUGUUAUGACAAUGUCACAGGAGAGCUUGUUGAUGAGCAGCUGUGUGGUGAUGAGUUACCAGCACGUGUGUGUCCUUCUGGAUCCGUGUGUAAUGACACGUGGCUCGGACCAAAUUAUGGAAUCACUCAGUUUGACAACAUUCUGUUCGCUGUUCUCACCGUGUUCCAGUGCAUCACCAUGGAGGGCUGGACAGACAUGCUUUACUAUAGUAAUGAUGCUUUAGGAAGCACUUGGAACUGGAUGUACUAUGUCCCACUCAUUAUCAUCGGCUCUUUCUUUAUGCUCAACUUGGUGUUGGGUGUUCUGUCUGGUGAGUUUGCUAAAGAGAGGGAACGAGUUGAAAACCGCAGUGAGUUUCUGAAGCUACGGAGACAGCAACAGAUCGAAAGAGAACUUAAUGGAUAUCUAGAAUGGAUCUGCAAAGCAGAGGAGGUGAUUCUGACUGAAGAAGACUCUACAGGAGACCGUUCUCGACGCAGACCCACUAUAAAAAAGAGUAAAAUUGACCUGCUGAACCCGGAGGGAGAACAAGAUCACAUGGGGGAUGCAGUGGGUCUGAAAGGUGAAGGUUCCAGUUAUAGUAAGAAGGAGCGGCGAUUUCGUAUCCUUGUACGUAAAAUGGUAAAAACUCAGGCGUUCUAUUGGACCGUCCUCAGUCUCGUGGGGCUGAACACACUCUGUGUUGCCGUCGUUCACUACAACCAGCCGGAACUGCUCUCCGACUUCCUCUUCUAUGCAGAGUUUAUAUUUCUGGGCCUCUUCAUGAUGGAGAUGUUGAUAAAGAUGUAUGGAUUGGGAACGAGGCCAUAUUUUCACUCGUCCUUCAACUGCUUCGACUGUGCUGUGAUUGUCGGCAGUAUAUUUGAGGUGAUCUGGGCCAUAAUAAAACCUGGAACGUCGUUUGGGAUCAGUGUACUGCGAGCUCUGAGACUGCUACGCAUUUUCAAAGUUACAAAGUAUUGGGCUUCACUGCGUAAUCUCGUGGUCUCUCUGUUGAAUUCGAUGAAGUCGAUCAUCAGCCUCCUUUUCCUGCUCUUUCUCUUUAUCGUGGUGUUCGCCCUGUUGGGAAUGCAGCUGUUUGGGGGACAGUUUAACUUUGACCAGGGAACUCCUCCUACAAACUUUGACACCUUUCCUGCAGCCAUCAUGACUGUGUUUCAGAUCCUGACAGGUGAGGACUGGAAUGUAGUGAUGUAUGAUGGGAUCCAGUCUCAGGGAGGUGUUCACAAGGGAAUGAUCUCCUCUGUGUUCUUUAUCGUACUCACGCUUUUCGGCAACUAUACACUACUGAAUGUGUUCUUGGCCAUUGCUGUGGAUAAUCUGGCUAAUGCUCAGGAACUCACCAAGGAUGAGCAGGAGGAAGAAGAAGCCACUACACAGAAGAUUGCACUUCAGAAAGCUAAAGAGGUUGCUGAAGUCAGCCCACUCUCUGCUGCAAACCUCUCAAUCGCUGCAAGGGAACAGCAGAAGAACUCGAAGCCUCCGAAGUCAGUGUGGGAGCAGCGCACCAGUGAGAUUCGCCGCCAGAACCUGAUGACCAGCAGAGAGGCUCUUUACAAUGAACUAGACUCUGAGGACCACUGGAAGCAGACAAACUUCUGUAACCGGCCUGACAUGAAGACACACUUAGAUCGCCCCCUGGUGGUUAACCCUCAGGAGAACCGCAACAACAACACCAACAAACCCAGACCAGAAGAAAGAAGACAGCAUGACCACCACAACUAUCCCCCACCCAGCUACCAACCCCGUUCAUGCCACAGGCACUGCUCACAUCAGGAGGACAGGGACAGGAAGCACAGGAGACAUCAUCACAGUAACCGUGGAGACCGGGAAGGGAGGAGAGAACGGAGCUGCAGUCAUCACUCAAGAAAUCAUUGCAGUGAAGAUCUGGAUAACGUGAGGAACAACAGCAUGCUUAUUCUUCAUGAUCCAGAACUUGGCCCUCAUCAUCCCUACAGCUGCUAUGACCCCUGCCGUGACCCUGAGCUGACCAAUAACGUGCUGAAUCUGAGGGGGAGGAGCUUACCGGAUAGCGUCCUCAUCCUCACUGACCCGAUGAAGAGCCCCAGUAGAGAGUUCAUCGCCAUCGACAUGCAGCCGCUCUAUCCAUCACUAACGGGCCAGCUCCAGGUGAACAAGAAUGCAAACACUGAAGCAUCGAAAGAUGGUGAGAAGAAAGAGGAGGAAGAUGAUGGUGGAGGUGAUGAAGAUGGUCCCAAACCCAUUCCUCCAUUUAGCUCCUGCUUCAUCAUGUCUCCCACCAACCCGUUCCGUAAAUGCUGCCACUACAUUAUGACUCUGCGGUACUUUGAGAUGUGUAUUCUCUCUGUUAUUGCAAUGAGCAGUAUCGCUCUGGCAGCAGAAGAUCCUGUGUGGCCUGAAUCACCUCAGAACAAUGUUCUUCGUUACUUUGAUUACGUUUUCACUGGUGUCUUCACUUUCGAGAUGCUGAUUAAGAUGGUGGUUCUCGGUAUGGUUCUUCAUGAAGGAGCUUACUUUCGUGAUCUGUGGAAUUUUCUGGACUUUAUAGUGGUUAGUGGCGCUUUGGUGGCGUUCGCCUUCUCGGGAAGCAGUAAAGGAAAAGACAUCAGCAUCAUUAAAUCCCUGAGAGUGUUACGAGUCCUGAGACCACUCAAGACCAUCAAACGUCUCCCAAAACUCAAGGCUGUAUUUGAUUGUGUGGUGAAUUCUCUGAAGAACGUGUUGAACAUCCUCAUCGUCUACAUGCUCUUCAUGUUCAUAUUCGCUGUUGUGGCUGUGCAGCUUUUUAAAGGGCGAUUUUUCUGCUGCACGGACGAGUCCAAAGAGUUUGCACGGGACUGCAGGGGUGAGUAUUUGGUGUAUGAGCGUGAAAAUGAUGUAAAAGCUCAACGGCGCUUGUGGAAAAAAUACGAUUUUCACUAUGACAACGUGCUGUGGGCCCUGCUUACACUCUUCACUGUGUCCACGGGGGAGGGCUGGCCAGACGUACUGAAACACUCAGUGGACUCAACGUUUGAGAAUCAGGGCCCCAGUCCCGGGUACAGGAUGGAGAUGUCCAUCUUCUACGUCGUCUACUUUGUCGUGUUUCCCUUCUUCUUUGUGAACAUUUUUGUUGCUCUCAUCAUCAUCACCUUCCAGGAGCAGGGGGACAAGAUGAUGGAGGACUACAGCUUGGAAAAGAAUGAGAGAGCAUGUAUUGACUUUGCGAUUAACGCUAAGCCGAUAACGCGGCACAUGCCAGAGAACAAGCUGAGCUUCCAGUACAAAAUGUGGCAGUUUGUUGUGUCUCCUCCGUUUGAGUACAGCAUUAUGAGUCUGAUCGCCCUCAACACCAUCGUCCUCAUGAUGAAGUAUCAUGAAGCUUCAGAAAUGUAUGACAAAGUGUUGAAAAACCUGAACAUCGUUUUCACCAUCCUCUUCUUCAUGGAGUGCAUCCUGAAAAUGAUCGCUUUUGGGAUUCGUAAUUAUUUCCGAGAUGCCUGGAAUAUUUUCGACUUCGUCUCCAUCUUAGGCAGCAUCACAGAUAUCUUAGUGACCGAGCUGUGGAAUAAUAUUAUUAAUGUGAGGUUCCUGCGAUUAUUUCGAGCUGCUCGUCUCAUUAAAUUAUUGCCAGGAGAAACCAUCCGCAUCCUCCUCUGGACCUUCGUCCAGUCCUUCAAGGCUUUGCCAUAUGUGUGCCUGCUAAUCGCCAUCCUCUUCUUCAUCUACGCCAUCAUUGGCAUGCAGCUUUUUGGUAAUUUAGCAUUAGAUGAAGAAGAUGGUGCCAUAAAUGACCACAACAACUUCAGAACGUUCAUCAUGGCUCUUAUGCUGUUGUUCAGGAGUGCUACAGGGGAGGCGUGGCAUGAGAUCAUGUUGUCAUGUUUGGGUGGGAUGCCAUGUGACCCUGCGUCUGGAAACCAGGGGGAUGAGUGUGGCAGCAACGUGGCCUACGCCUACUUCGUCUCCUUCAUCUUCCUCUGUUCAUUUCUGAUGCUGAAUCUGUUUGUUGCAGUAAUCAUGGAUAAUUUUGAGUAUUUGACUCGCGACUCUUCAAUUCUUGGACCUCACCAUCUGGAUGAAUAUGUCAGAAUCUGGGCCGAGUAUGAUCCAGCAGCAUGUGGCAGGAUCAGUUUCAGUGAUUUGUAUGUGAUGCUGCGCCACAUGUGCCCACCGCUGGGCCUCGGGAAGCGCUGUCCUGCUCGCGUGGCGUACAAGAGACUGUUGCGUAUGGAUUUGCCUGUUGCCGAUGACAACACGGUACAUUUCAACUCCACACUGAUGGCAUUAAUUCGUACUGCACUUGAUAUCAAGAUCGCGAAAGGUGGAGCUGAUAAACACCAGAUGGAUGCUGAGUUGCGUAAGGAGAUGAUAGCGAUUUGGCCGAAUCUGUCCCAGAAGCACCUGGACCUCCUGGUCACACCACACAAGUCAGCUACAGACCUGACAGUGGGGAAGAUUUAUGCUGCCAUGAUGAUAAUGGAGUACUACAGGCAGAGUAAAGCCAAGAAAAUGCAGGCACUUCGAGAGGAACAGAACCGAACACCAUUAAUGUUUCAACGCAUGGAGUCAAACACUAACCAGGACGAAGGUCACGAGGUCAAUGAGGUUAAUGGAGGUCAUGGGGUCAAAGAGGUUGCACAGGAAAACCAUGAAAACCUUCCUGUUGAGUCCUGGGUUACUCCUCGUUCUCAGAUCUUCCAGAAAUCUGUUGAUGAGAACUGGAGCACAGACUCACCAUACCAUCAGCAGGAAAACCGUCACAACACACAGACAGUAGAAAUGAGAACGAUGACUGUUCACCCCGACACUGACACAUCACUACCACUGGAAGGGAGGACUGUAUCCAUGCCCCGCCUCCCACUACAUCACAAAACCGUUUCUGAUGUGAGUCCACUGAGACGUUCUACAUCCUCAUUAGUUCAUGGACGUUCUGGUCGUGGCAUGCGAUUGGAUGAUUACUCUCUGGAGAGGGUGGAGUCAGAGGAGGGGCCGAGACAUGGGAGAAGGAGGAGAGAGAGAGAAAGAGACAGAGAAUGCAACCACCGCACCUCAGAGAGAUCACUGACUCGCUUUACAGAUGCUGAUACAGGUCUGGGUACGGAUCUCAGCACCACCACACAGUCAGGUGAACUUCCACCGAAAGAGCGUGAGCGAGAGAGAGGAAGAGCAAAAGAUCGGCGGCAUCAUCACCACCACCAUCAUCACCACCACCACCACCACCACGGUUCAGUAGAGAAAGAGCGGUAUGAGAGAGAACGAGAGUACCAUCAUCAUCCUCAAAACAAACAAGACUCUCACUGGUCACGCUCCCCCAGCGAAGGCAGGGCGCGCAGACAGGGAAGCAGUUCUGUGAGUGUAAGUCCAGUUCCUUCUACAUCAGGAACCAGUACUCCACGCCGGACGCGACGACAGCUCCCCCUGACUCCACCCACACCACGCCCACAUGUUACAUACUCACCGGCCCCCAGGAAGCCCCUCCCACCACCCACUCCUUGCCGUGAGCCUCCACCCAUCGGCCCGCCCGCUCGCCGCCCCUCCCCUCGCCGAGCUCCCUUCUACGACCGGCGUUUCGAAUAUGAGCCUCCAAACUAUGAGCAGAGCGUCACUCAAGGACACUCCCACAGCCCCCGCCAUGGCUCCGCCCACCACAGCCCUACCCAUCGUAGUCCUGCCUCUCAUCACCGGCGUGUACCCAAUGGCUACCGAUCCUCCUCGUCUCCAUCUCCGCAUCGCAGAGGCCCCGCCCACCAUGCCAUGCAGCGUGCGCCGCAGCCCCGCCCACCCCGGAAAAGUCUCCAUGAACCGUACAGUGAGACAGACGAGGAUGACUGGUGCUAAAAUCCUGCUGUUCCUACACACACUGCAUGGAACUACACACACAAACACACACGGACGGUGCAGAGUGGUGUAGAUGAUUGCGUGUGUGUGUGUGUGUGUGUGUGUGUGUGUGUAUGUGUGUGUGUGUGUGUGUGUAAGAGACUUUUUAAAUUUAAACAACACACACAGAAAACAGCCAAAUGAGAGGACUUGCUGCUUGUUCUCUCUCUCUUUUCUAACACAUUACCCAGAAGGCUGUGCGACGGAGGGAGGGGCUGGGUGUGACCCCGAGGUCGAGUCAGCAUGGUUGUCUCCAGGGGUGUUUGCUCUCAAACUAACAUGGAGGAAAAACACCUGUUUUCACCUAGAAAGAAGAAAAACAACAAUAAAAACAGCAUGCUCUUGUAACUGAGAGCUCCUCCUACUGCAUAACUAGCCAAUGGCGUCACAGCCUGCUACUGAUGAGUUUUAUCAUCUAUGUUUACUCAACAUGCUGAGUGACCUCACAGUCGAGAGCUUGGGUAGCGGAUGAGGGGGGCGGGGCAACGACCGGGACUGAACCAUUAGCCAACCACGAGGGCGCACUGAAUCAAAGCCACGCCCACAACACACCUUUCACAUGCAUGUGAAGUGGGAAGGAGGGAUGAGCAGCGGGGGAGAGACAAAAUCAUCUUCAGUCUUUCAUUAUUGAAGUUCUUCUACUUCUUCUUCUUCUUCUUUGUAGACGUUUGAGGAGCACGUGAUGUUCUGUUGCUUUAUUUCCUCUUUUUGGACUCAGAGGACCUGAAGGAAACCUGCAUGAUUGAUUGAAAAAAAAAAAAAGAAUUAAACCGAAAAAACCCCAACAAAACAUCUGAACAGUGAGAGAGAGCGUGGCCAUGGAUCGCUUUUAGUUCUUUAUUUCCUCACAAUUCUCUCCUCUCGCUUUCUCCUGCUGCAGGACAUAAACAAAAUAAAUCUAAUUUGCUGA